GCAGCCGGCAUGGUGAGGCGAAGGUGGUGCUGCCUAUUGAUGCUGCCGUCCGCCGACCGAGACAAACGCAGCCGAAUUCGAAUGCGGCCGUCGGACGCGAGCCUCUUCCGCAGGCUUCUUCUGGCAAAGUAAAGCUCAAAAAUAUAAGAUGGGCGGCCCUCCAAGACUUAUUGUGUCAACGACAAGACUGCCAUUCACGACGACGCCGCUCAAGACGUCGUCUGAAGACUUCAGCGACCAAAUAGUAUUCCUCGUAGCUGCAGGUGUCAUAUCAACCGUGCUUGUAGUCCUGCUCGUUAUUUUUAUACUGCACUGCUGCAGACAAAGCAAUCAAGACCCUCCGGCCGUCAAAAAUACUCAAAGCAGCCGGGAAGGCCGCGUUCAGAGCGUCAGCAGCUCCAACAGCAGGAAAUCGUUGGAUGGUGUAGCCAUCGAUGAAGAAUUCCCCUCGAGAGCAACGAGGUAUAGCUGUAGAAUAGGAGAUGGUAGACGAGGUUCCACACGCUCCCAUUAUUCCUUUCCAGGCACCACGGAGAACAAGAUGGACUCCGGCGACUGCAGGGCAAAGCAAAGCACUCAAAUCAUGCGUGCUGCAAGCGAGGACAAUAGUCGGAGCGUGGUGCUGCAACGUCAAUUGUCGAUAAAGGCAGUGGUGUCGCCGUUCUUCGCCCGCCAAAGCACCGCCGAAUUGAACGCCUCUGAGCAGGUGGAGGUUAGCGUAGACAAGAGUGAGCCGGACGAGUGCUACCACCCCAAGGUGAGCGUGCGUCUCAGCGGCAGCUGCAGCAGUGUGCUCAGCCCGCGCGGCAGCUUCCGCAGGCCCAAGGCCGAGCAGCACGCCUCGCCCCCUGACAGCCCCAUUGAGGCCGCAGCGGCUGUCUCCCCGGCCAUCAACUCGCCCAGGCGCACGCCCCGCAAGGAACUUUCCAGGGAAGCCAGCAAGGGCGCGCUGGAGGUGGUGAUGGAGUGGGAUGAUGGCUCGCCACCGCACCGCGCACCUAGCACCGACUGGACGCCGCUGGAGAUGGGUCUCUACCACUACCGCGACGAGCUAUCCAAAAAGCAGCUCAGUGACGAGUCCAGCGACGGCGGCGGCAAGGUCCGCUACAAUGACACUGGCAGCCUCGAGGAGGUAAACGCGCAGAGUGGAAUGGUGGACUACUUCCUGGACGACAUGCUCGAGCACAACGCCGCCGCCGACUUUGAGGACUUACGGCUGCAGUACAAACAAUUGUGGGAGCUGCGGGCGACAUUCGAGGAGGACGACGAGGAAAUCAGCGAUUCGCCACCGUCGCAAGAGCUGUCGAGGGUCAAAGUCAACGCGCAGCAGGAGUACACCAAGAAUAGCACGCCCCUCGAGAAGGAGCCCAUCCUCAACUCACCGGCCGACCUCUCGCCAGACCCGGCAACGAGUCACACGACUUCGUUCGAGUCAAACACGGAGCCUCUGCUGAACGAGGAUCUGCCGGUGCGGUGGCCACCGCACCUGCUGCAGCUGCCGUCCUACGAGUCACGCCGCCAAACCUACAAAAACGUUCUGACGUCGCGGCUGCGGCGCAAGGAAGGUGGCGCCACCUUUCAGCCGCUGGUCAUCGAAAACAGUAGCUUCGACUCCGUGGAGACUGUCGACACUGAAGGCUCCUCAACAGACGCCAGUAGACUAGAACAGUUGACAACGAGCUUCGAGAGUACAACGGACAACACGGACAGCCUAGGCGAGGGCGGAGGGCAGUCGACGGGACACGGGAAGCUACAGCAGAUUCGCGCUGACAGUGGCUACCGCAGCUUCGAGACGACUUGCGCGCCGCGGCUGUGCCAGAAGCAGGACAGCAUCGACCUGGACGAGGCCAAGACUGAAGCGGAGGAGCAAGCGGCCAAACGGCGCCGCGACUUCCACGGUGGCGCCACCGGCCGCCGCACGCCCGACUCGCUAUACUUCGAGUCGGUCAACGAGCUCGAGACGGACUCGCGAUCCGGUGGGGACUCGCCCUCUUCCGUCACCACCGCGACCAUCGUGCCCAAGAGGAGCAAAACGGUGCUCAUGCCCAGGUACCUCAGGCACAACAAGUAUGUGUACUCGUCACUGCAGACGCGCGACUACAGCGUGGACGAAAAGUCGGACGCCCUGUUCCGCGAGUUCAGCCGGUGUGACCCCACGUACGAGGCCGAGUGUGCCGCCAACAAGCACCGUCUGUCGCGACGUCUGCACCAGCACCGCUCCAGCGACUUCGAGUUGCACUACCUGAAGCGGCACCGACGCGUGUCGCCGCCGUUCAGCGUCGACGGCGACGCUCUCUCUGCCGACGCCAAGCUCGCCGACCUCAAAGACAUCCCCAUCAUCAGGGUGGCCGACGACGACUCUUCCGACUGCAUCUACUGACGAUCGCUGCCGCAGCCACCGCCGCUGGAGAAAUUAUCGAAUUUUUCGUCGCGUUAGUUUUUUAAAAAAGACUAUACCGAAAUUUGCGAACACUAAUUUGAAUAAAUGCAUCUUUGGUGAAACUGGAAAGGGUUAACGGCGUACUUAAUCCGAUAUUUGCGUAAACUGUAAAAUGUUUGACAUCCCCAAUGGCCGAGAGCGUCCCCAUUUAGUUUGAUUUUUAAUUAUAUCAUCGGGUUUUAUUUUGGUUAAUUUGCAUUUAAGAUGAAAUUAGAAUUUAAAAUUUUACGAGCAGAGAAAAAAAUCACGAUAUUUUGAGUAAUUCGCAACAAUAGAUUUUUUUGUAGAAAAUAAAUUUAGGAACAAAUAAUUAUUACAACAAAUACAACAAUUUGUCAGACUUCUUUUUAAUGUUAUGUUGAAAAGGGGUUAGUUCAUAAAAACAAAAUAAAAAUGAGUGUUGCAGGAGCAAUAUCCUGAAGGUAAAUUCGACGUUUUUAGGCAAACCCCCUUUCAAAGUCACUAAUGAUCAGUGGAAAUUAAAUUUUCAUAUCGCAAAUACGCCAUUCGUUCUCAUUUGAUAGUCCACGCAUUAAAAACUAGUCACAGAAAAAAAACGAUGAUCGCAAGUCAUUGCACAUCCCUAGAGAUUUUUUUUCGAACGCAACAGUAUUGACUUUUAAUUUGAGCAUAUCAGACGAUAUUAUUCCGCAUCUAGAAUGUACUGUAUAGUGAAUUGAUCUGAAUCCAGAGUGAAAAUAUAAAAAAUGGACAGAGGCUUCAAGCUUCAGACACUAACAAUUGCGCGAAAAUAAAUUGCUAAUACCGAAAAUAAUGUUAUAUAAUUCAGAUUGAGUGAAAGUAAAACACAACUCAAAGGAUCAAUUUUGUAUUCAAUCUAGAAAACGAGUCAGGGGAGUUGAGAGCAUGGGUUUUAUGGAAACUGACCGUUUGAAAAUUCCUGUUAAAAUUGUUUCUCAUCACCUUCAAAAAUGUGAUAUUAAACUAUAACAACUUCUACUUAUGCAACGUAGCCUGAAAAUCUUAUAGCGAUCGAGAUUAUCAACUGUAAGUUUAAAAAUGCAUAAAAAUAUUUAUCCUGCAUCAAUGUACAUAUAAUUAAAUUAUUAGUAUACUCUGUAUCAAACAAAUGUAGGAACAAAUGUUGACUUAGUGAUCUCAUGAGCAUUUAACUCAUAGGCAAGAAUGAUGAAUCCCAUAUUUUCAUAUUGUAGAAAUAGCUUGCCCUUUUUAUACAAAAUCAAUCUGCGAAAAAGAGAUACAAUUAUUCACUUGAGUACUAUACAUUGACUUCAAUUACUCACAAGUUUCCGUUUCAACGACCAAUUAGAUCAUGUUUUUUAAUCAUGUUAAUCAUACGUUUACUUUAAUCAGUAGAUUUUGCACAAACUGUUCAGUUAAUUUCCUAUAUGAUCGUGUCUAAUUAAUAAAAUUUUCAGGAAAUAUAAGUAGCUAAUAGAAUUGAAAGUCUCUGUUUAUCUCAGGUGAAAGUGAAGUACAUGUCCACGAGAAAAUAACGCUGUUUCGUCUCUUCAAAUACUCGCAAUUUAAUGUAUUCACAACAUAUACAAAUUUUCAAUAAACAAUUAAUCAAUAAACAAAGAUA